AUGGCCCCCGCUCUACCUACAUCUUUAUCCAACGUCCGUGAAGCGACAAGCCUUGUUUUCGGAGGACACAUUGGGCCACAAAGCAAAAACUCGCUGGAAAAACAGGUGCGGCAGAUUGUGGACGGGCCCAACGGAGAAUGGAUACUAGAGACCCUGGCCGGGCUGCCACGGUACUGGGAAGCCUUGACAAACAAGAUGCCCGAAGUGGCCAGCACAAUGCAGGGUCAUGGUCUGCUGGCCGAUCUGGAGUCGUGGUUUCGAGAUGGCCCUGCCUCGGCUGCGUCGCUGGCCCCAGACGCCGAGAUGCCACAUGUCUGGAUCGGGGUUCUCAUGGUGGCUAUCCAGCUGGACCAGUACUGGCGCUAUCUGGAGUUUCGAUUCAGCGGCGCGGCGGGAAACGGAGUGGACGACCUGCAGGCAGAGCUGGUGAGGCAGCAGCAGCAGCAGCAGCAGCCCGCCAGGAAUAACAGGGUCGAGACGGUGGGCUUCUGCGCGGGCAUGAUGGCGGCCGUGGCCGUGGCCAGCUCGCACAACCGGCAGGAAUUUGAAAAGUACGGCGCGGCGGCGGUGCGCGUGGCGGCGCUCAUGGCGGCGGUGGUGGGGGCCACCGAGGAGUGGACCAAGGGGCGCGGCAAGGGCGGGUCCGUGUCCCUGGCGACGGCGUGGAGGAGACCCGAGCAGGGCCAUGACCUGGCGCGCAUCGUCUCCAGGCUGGGCCCGGAUGCCUACGUCUCGGUGCUUUUUGACGAGUGCCGGGCCACCGUGACGGCGUCGGAGCGCCUCGCCCCCAAGCUGGUGCGGCAGCUGCGGGCAGCCGGCGUCACGGCCGUGCCGCUCGCCUUCAAGGGCCAGCUCCACGCGCCGACGGCCGAGCGGCUGCGCCACACCGAGGCCCUAGUCGACCUGUGCCACUCCAUGGCCGGGCUGCAGUUCCCGGAUGCCGCCCACCUGGCAUUGCCCACCUACCUCGACCACCCCGACGGCGAGCAAGUCGCGCACGACCACGUCGACCUGGUCGGCACGGUGCUGCGCUCCAUCCUGGCGAACCAGUUGCGCUGGACCAGCACCGUUUCGAAGCUUGCGGCCAACAAGGAGCACCUGUCCCUCAUUGCCUUUGGCCUCGACCGCCCUCUGCCGCCCACCAUCCUGCGCGCCUUUGGUGCCAAGCAGGCCCACUUUGAGGAUGUCGAGGAUGACAUAAGCAAGUCCAUGGCGCGGAUGCAGCACCAACCCCAACCACAACCACAACCACAAACACAAAGCAACGGCGCGCUUGCCGUCUCACGGGCUCAGGUCGCAGAACCGAGCACACCCCGUGUCCAGCCAGAAGACGACUGCGAGCAUGUCGUUGCCGUCGUGGGCAUGUCCCUCAAGGUGGCGGGCGGCCAAGACCUGCACGAGUUUGAGCAGAUGCUCAAGACGGGGCAGUCGCAGCACGAGGCCAUCACGCGCGAGCGAAUGACGCCCGACAUGCUGUUCCGCGACAAUGCCGACCCCGACAGGAAGUGGUACGGCAAUCUCAUGCGCGACGCCGACGCCUUCGACCACAAGUUCUUCAAAAAGAGCCCGCGCGAAUCCAUGGCCAUGGACCCGCAGGGCCGCCUCUCGCUCGAGGCCGCCUACCAAGCUCUCCAACAGUCGGGCUAUUUCAACGAGCUGGCCGCGACCAGCGCCGCCGGGCUGCAACGACGGAAGCACGUGGGCGUCUACGUCGGCCUCUGCUCCUACGAGUACGAUGUCAACGUCCAUUGCCACCCGACCAGCGCCUUCACGGGGACGGGGGAGCUGAGAAGCUUCAUCCCCGGCCGAGUGUCGCACCACUUUGGAUGGACGGGCCCGUCCCUGACCUUUGAUACAGCAUGCUCGUCGUCGACGACGGCCCUUCAUAUGGCCUGCCGGGAUCUGCUGUCGGGCGAGGUCCCGGCGGCGCUCUGCGGCGGCGUCAAUGUCUUGACCAACCUGCAGUGGACACAAAACCUCGCCGCCGGCAGCUUCAUCAGCCCGACCGGCCAGUGCAAACCCUUCGACUCGGAUGCCGAUGGGUACUGCCGCGGCGACGGCAUCGCCUACGUCUUCCUCAAGAAGCUAUCCACCGCCGUGGCCGACGGGAACACGGUCCUGGGCACCAUACGCUCUACGGGCAUCAAUCAAAACCUCAACACCACGCCGCUCUUUGUUCCCAACGUACCUUCUCUGUCGGCCCUCUUCCACCACGUCAUCCGCAAAGCGCGCGUAAACCCGCGCGACAUUUCGCUGGUCGAGUGUCAUGGCACUGGCACGCCCGUCGGAGACCCUGCAGAGUGGGAGAGCAUACGCAACGCCGUGGCCGGUCCUCUGCGCGAUACUGUCCUGCCCAUCGGCUCGGUCAAGGGUCACGUCGGCCACACUGAAGGCGCGUCCGGCAUCGUCUCCCUCAUCAAGGUGCUCAUGAUGAUGCGAGGCGACUUCAUCCCUCCCCAAGCCAGCUUCAAGAGCAUGAACCCCCACAUCCAGGCGCAGCCGUCAGACAAGAUGGAGGUUGUCACGUCGUUGCGGUCCUGGCCAGGGGACCGGAAGCUGGCUCUGAUCAACAACUACGGCGCCUGCGGAUCCAAUUCGAGCGUCGUGGUUGCUUACUCGGCUCAUAAGCCUGCCAAAGCCACCUCCCUGACCGCGUCGUCGCCUCGGCUGCCCUUCUGGAUCGCCGGCCUCGACGCCCGCAGCAUUGCCGCGUACAGCACCGCGCUGGCUCCCUACCUGCGCGCCCACACUGGGCCCCGAGAUGGCCAGGCCAAGCUCGCCGAUGUAUCGUUCAACAUGAAUUGGCAAUCGGAUCCCGGCUUGCCCCAAGGGCUGAUCUUCAGCUGCGGUUCGCUGGACGAGCUGCAGGACAAGCUCGCCGAGGCAACCGCGGCUACCAAGGACACAUCUGCUAGCAUCGGCAUCGCGCCCGUGAAGCCUGAGCGACCCGUGGUUCUGUGCUUUGGAGGCCAGGUUUCGACAUUCGUCGGGCUGGACCGCGCGGUGUACCAGGGUGCCGCAGUGUUGCGGCACCACCUGGAUAACUGCGAUGCCGCCAUUACAGCUCACGGCCUUGACAGCAUCUACCCCGACAUUUUCUCUGGCGAGCCUUAUCAGGACGUGGUCAAGCUCCAGACGGCGCUCUUUGCUAUGCAGUACGCCUCGGCCAAGAGCUGGAUGGACUGCGGGCUCGCCGACAAGGUAGUAUCCGUCGUGGGCCACAGCUUUGGUGAGAUAACUGCGCUCUGCGUAGCGGGCGUGCUGAGUCUGCAAGACACGGUCAAGCUGAUUGCUGGUCGGGCCAAGCUGGUGCAGAGCGCUUGGGGACCCGAUCCGGGCGCCAUGAUGGCCAUCGAGGCCGACGAAGCACUCGUGCAUCAUCUCCUCAACGAGUCAAACCUCGGAUCCGAUGGAUCAGCUGGCAUCGCCUGCUACAACGGUUCUCGCAGCUUCACUGUCGCCGGAUCGACAAAAGCCAUCGACGCAUUUGCCACUACGCUGGCCGGAGGGGGCAGCGCGGUCGAGGGCGUCAAGAGCAAGCGUCUCAACGUCACCAAUGCGUUCCACUCGGCGUUGGUAGACAGCAUCGUCGACCGCCUCGGGGACGAGGUCGGCAAGGGGGUGACCUUUCAUGACGCCGUCAUUCCGAUAGAACGUGCCACCGAGCAUGGCGACGCGGCCGCCCGACUGGACUGGACCUUUGUCGGCUCUCACAUGCGCCAGCCCGUCUUCUUCAACCACGCCGUGCAACGGCUCGCACAGAAGCAUCCGCAGGCCAUCUUCCUUGAGGCGGGUUCCAACUCGACCAUCACCGUCAUGGCAUCGCGUGCACUUGCCCAGACGGUGCCAACCUAUUCUGACGGGCUUCACUUCCAAUCCGUGUCCAUCACCAACACCAACAAGGGCAUCGACAGGCUCACGGACGCAACGGUACACCUCUGGAAACAGGGACUACGUGUGUCUUUCUGGGCUCACCACCGGCGACAGGCGGGCGAGUAUACGCAGCUCCUCCUGCCGCCGUACCAGUUCGAGAAGUCGCGCCAUUGGCUCGAGCUCAAGUCGCCAAUCGAGCAGGCUAUCAAGGUCGUCCAAACCAUGUCCGGGAGCAAUGGACGGCUGCCGGCGGCGGGACUGGCACAGCAAGAACAAGUCGAUCCCAAGACGCUUGAUAUAUGGACCUUUGUCGGCUUCCAGGACCACCAGGGUGGCAGCGCCAACAAGAAGACAAAGCUGGCUCGGUUCCGUAUCAACACGGCCUCGGACAAGUACCAGCGCCUGUUUGCGACACACGUCAUCGCCAAGACGGCGCCCAUUGCUGCAGCCACGCUUGAGAUAGACAUGGCCAUCGAGACCCUUUUCAGCCUGACUCCGGAAUGGAGAGCGAAUGGCUUUUCGCCGGUGGUGCGCGAUAUGCUCAGCCAUUCGCCCAUCUGUGCCGACUCGACGCGCGACUACUACAUUGACCUCGAGCCACUCAACAAGGCCAAAACAGAGUGGCACUGGACCAUCCACAGCGUCGGCACCUCCCCUGCCGACAACAAGCACGCCGAGGGCCGCAUCAACAUGUGCUCGCCAUCCGACCCGGCCGUUGUGCAGGAAUUCGGACGCUGGGAGCGCGUCGUCGGCCACGCGCAGUGCCAGGCCGUUCUGGCCUUGGGCCCCGACGAUGAGGGCGUGGAGGCGCUCCAAGGCCGCAACGUGUACCGAGCCUUUGAGGAAGUUGUCGACUUUGGCUCCGUGUACCACGGCGUGCGGUACGUUGUCGGCCGCGACAACGGCGAGAGCGCGGGUGUCGUGCACAAGCGCCACGCCGGCGACACCUGGCUUGAUGUCCCCAAGGCAGACUCGUACGGCCAAGUUGCGGGCAUGUACGUCAACCUGCUGACGGACAUUCCCGCGAGCGACAUGUUUGUUGCCACGGGCCUCGAGCUGGUGAUGCGCUCGCCCGAGGCGCAGCCGGUCACUGAUGGCCAUGAGCAUGGUCCUGGUGUGUGGCAUGUUCUUGCUCGCCACGCGCGCCAAAACGAAAAGGCCUACGUCUCAGACGUCUUUAUCUUUGAUGCCUCGACGGGUGCCCUGGCCGAGGUCAUACUGGGCCUGAAAUAUGUCCGCGUUCCCAAGGCGACGAUGAGCAAGAUCCUGGCGCGGGCGACGACGGACAAGUCGUUUGUGAGAAGCACCGCAGCGUCUCUGCCGUCGUCUGCCCAGCCUCUUGCCGCCCUUGCCGGGCCUAUCAAUGCCACCGGUCCAAACUCGACGCCGGCGCCGCUCCCGUCCCGCCCCAAGGCAAAGAGGACCGGGAUGAAAAGGGCGAAGCCUACCAGUGGGCCGCGCGACAUCACAAACGAGGUGUGCGACGUGGUCGCCGACGUUUCCGGCAUCGAGGCCAGCGAGAUGAGCCUCGACAGUGAGAUGGCUGACCUGGGCAUUGAUUCGUUGAUGAGCAUGGAGCUGGCGCGCGAGGUCGAGGAUACCUUUCACUGCACGCUCGAUCGCGCAGAGACAAUGGUAGCCACGAGUCUUGGCGCCUUCGUUGCCUGUGUGGCGAAUGCUUUGGCGAGGGCCGGAGGGCAAAAGGACGUGGAGGAAGAGCAUGGCGACCAAGAUAGCGACCAAGACAUGGCGGCCGGAGAGGGUGACGUUGUCUUCUCAGACUCGGCGGACGAAGACACGACCUCGGACAUGUCCACUCCCGAUGACGCCUCGGACGUCAGCUGCCAAAGUCAGGAUUCGGUGAGCGAACCACCUGUCCCAGCGGCGAAAGUAAUUGGUACGGGUGAUGUAGCAGCCCGUGAGGCAGAGGCAAUGCGCCUAGUGGCAGCCUACACGACUGGUUGGGAGUCGGCCGCGCUUGAAGCUGCGAGGAAGGGUACUAUCGGCAACCAUCCCCGUGCCGGAGCCGUCGUGGUCGUGACGGGCGCUUCGGGCAGCCUCGGGUCGCACAUUGUUCAAGCACUCGCCGAGCGGCCGCACGUCGCCGCUGUGGUUUGCAUCAACCGCACCCUCAGCGGCGUGCCCGCCGACGAGCGGCAGGCAGAGGCACUCUCUUCGAGAGGCAUCGAGCUGUCCCCCACCGCGCGCGAGAAGCUGCGGGUAUACGGUACCGACGCCUCCAAGCCGCAACUUGGUCUACCGGACGACGAGUACACCUGGCUGGCGCGGCACGGCACGCACAUCAUCCACAACGCCUGGCCCAUGAGCGCCACGCGGCCACUCAAGGCUUUUGAGCCCCAGGCCAGGGUGAUGCGGAACCUGCUGGACCUGGCGCACGACAUGGCGGUGGGAACCGAGCCGCGCAGGAUCGGUUUCCAGUUCAUCUCGUCGAUCGGCGUGACGGGCUUCUCGGCCGAGUCCCCCGUCCUCGAGGAGGCCAUGCCCAUGGCCGCGGUGAUGCCCAGCGGCUACAACGAGGGCAAGUGGGUGUGCGAGCGCAUGCUCGCCGACACGCUGCGCCGUCAUCCGCGGCUCUUCCGGGCCAUGGUGGCGCGUCCCGGCCAGAUCUCUGGGUCGACGGCCAGCGGCUUCUGGAACCCGGUCGAGCACUUUGCCUUCGUGGUGAAGAGCUCCCAGGCGCUCAAGGCGUUGCCCGACCUGCGCGGUGACCUGCAUUGGCUGCCCGUGGAUAAAUCCGCCGGCGUCGUGGUCGACCUGCUCAACAUUGACGGCCGCCCCGAAGCAACGGAGGCGUAUCCGGUCUAUCACGUCGACAACCCCGUCGGCCAGCCGUGGAAGGACAUGUCUACGGUUCUGGCAGCUGCUCUGGAUAUUCCUCCCCAUGGCAUCGUUUCCUUUAAAGAGUGGAUUAGACGGGUUCGCCAAUCGCCUCUUUCCCCGGCUGAGAACCCUGCCGCCCUCGCCCUGGACUUUCUCGAGGGCCACUUUGAGCGCAUGGCUUGUGGCGGUAUCGUGUUGGACACGCAAAGAUCAAGUGAGCAUUCCAAAACCCUGGCUGCCGAGGGGCCGGUGAGUGCCGAGGUGGUGCGGUCCUAUGUGUCGUCUUGGAAGGCGAUGGGUUUUCUUAAUUAG